CCUGUGAAUGUUGCUGCAGUGUGCUCUGGAAUAAGCUAUCACUGAAGCAGAUCAGCAGAGCAAAGGGGGACGUACAGCCCAGUAUAUUGCAGGAAAGGAGAUGAUGAUCAACCUGGAGGAAUUUCACAAAAGAAUAAGGACAAGUUCUGCAGAAAAUGGAUUCUGAGUCCUUGGACAGCUGUAUCCAGAAUACCCUCGCUGCUCUGUACCCGCCAUUUGAGGCCACUGCGGCCACGGUGCUGUGCCAGGUCUUUGAUGUGGUGGAGAAGACAUACCGUGGUGACGGGCUACGCUACCUCAUUGACUUCCUGGUGCCAGCCAAGCACAUUCUUCAGUGCAUCCAGCAGGAUUCCUGUUUUCAGUAUUGUGGAUUUCUCUUCCGUCAUGAAGGCUGGCCUUUGUGCAUCCAUGAAAGGAUUAUAAUUCAGCUGGCCUCACUAGACUGGCGUGCCCUGAGGCCAGGAGACUUCUACCUGCAGGUGGUGCCAUACCUUAAGCAGACUCCACGCAUUGUGCUGAAGUGCUUGGCCAGAGACAGGCAUAAUGUGGAGGAGCUGGAGGUGCCAGAGAUAACCUACACCUCCAUCUUCACUAUGGACUGGCUAGAUUCCAUUAACAGGGAGCGGAUGGGAACAAACUUGGAACACUGUCUCUUGUCUACAGAUAACAACAUAUUCCGGGUUCCCUGGGAGGACGUGGUCCAUCCGGAGUUCAUCAGCAAACCAAAAAUGAUUGACGCUGGUCUUGCCAGGCUAGUGAGCGAGGGGACUGAAUGGAAGGGUUCACAGGAGAGCCAGUCCUCUGGGAAAGGCCCAUACCCCUCAGUCAGCACUAACAAGACGCACAAAGGAGAGGAGAGUAAAGAACAGGAGGCCAAGCUCCAAAACCAGUCCCUGCCACCUCACAGGGAGGAAGUCAGCUGGCAGAAGGUUACUGAAAGUGUGUCAGAGGAAUCAGAUCAGGAUCUGGAGGGGGAAUACGUGGAGCUAGCAGACAUUCCUCUCCCUAGGUUUUUUCCACAAAAAGGAUCACUGACUGAGUCCAUAAGCUUGAAUUAUAAAAACCAAAAUAAAAUGAGGACUAACAGGCAUUUGGAAGCCAAAAUGUCUGAGCCGCCCGUUAAAAGCAGCACUUGCUCUCAGACCAUGGUUUGUAUCAGCCUCAUAGAGGAGAACCUGAACAUGGCUGGCAAACCUAGUUCCUCUUCAAAAGACUGUCCUGUAAGCUUAACAUCCCCUCUGGCAGAGGUUGUGAGUGAUUCACUGGCAUCAAAGGACAGUACUUCAAAAAAUGUGGAAGGUACAACCCUGGAUAUUAUCGCUGAUGAGCCUGAAUGUGGUAGAUUAGAUCCCACCACAGCUUUAGGUUCUGAUGUAGUGAGCUGUGGCUCAGGUUUAGAUAAAGAACUCCUUGGUGUCACUGGUGCCUGUGGCAUUCAUUUGGAGGGCCUUGGAAUUCCUACAAAUUUCAGGGAGCCAGAGUUCAGUUAUGACAGCGACACUGAUGUUUUACAAAAAUGCAGAGAGGUUCUAGAAGGAGAAGAGGAGGUUGUUAUUGAGGGCUCAAGUAGUAAUCCAUUAAGCUCAGUAGGUAGGACACUCAAUUCUGGUGACAGUACUGACAGGGUUAGCAGUGGGCAUGAUGGGGAGGUGACAGAUUCAAAACUUGCAUCUGUCACUAAAGGCUCCAAACGGCAGUCAAGCAUGCAAAGGCAGGACAGUGGGGCUCUGUGUGAGGAGGUAGUGUCUGAUACUCCUGCCCCCUCACACACUUCUAACGCAGAGCUUCAGAACAUGACAGCAUUGUGUGAAAACGCUAAUCCCCCAUUCAUUGCUGACACUGCCUUGUCUUCUGAGAGGGCUGUGGGCGAUCAAUUGAAAAGCAGAACAAAUGAAUUGGAAUUGGGUGCCACCAAGUUGAAAAGUAAUUCUGUGGAGCAGGUAGAACUUAGAUCUGCCGAAGAGCUAGAAAGAAGUGCAGCUGUAGAGCAGGGUCAGGUUUCACUCAACCAGGAGAUCAAGCAACAGGCAGUAAGUAUGGACAUAGCUUGCACUAGCUUACAGUGUGUAGAAUAUGAAGGUAAGGAAGAGAAAGUGUCUGAAAAGUUGUUAGUGGAUGCUGAGGAGACAGGGCUUAUAAAGACUAUGCACAGAGAAUCAUUGGAAACCACAUUCCAGCAUUCUGGAACAUCCCCGGAAAAGUGCAUCUCACCUGCCAGCACAGGUGACGCACCACAAGCAAACUGGAAUGUGGAGAGAGGGAGCUUGUUACAGGGUGUGAGUAGCAAGGAGGAUUUGGAUAAAUUAGAAACAGAGCCGAAAGGCAGCAGGGAGGAAAGUGAUGACGGGAAUGUGGAAUGUAAAGCAGAAAGCCGACAAAUCCUCUUUAAUAACAGUGCUCCUGGUACCGAGUCAGGAGGAUCACAAAGCGCUGCGCUCCUGACGAGCCAGGACUGUUCUGCUGGAUUGCACACAGAGCUUCAGGAUGAGGGCUUCAGCGCUGAUGUGUCUAAUAAGGCAGUUUGGGAAGAUGGCCAUUCACUACCUGCCAGAGUAAAGGAGCAGAGGCGGGAGGAGGAAACAAGCAUGGGUGAGACAGGGUCCUCUGAGAGGCAUGCCCAGCAGAUAGAAAAGCAAAGGAACGGGCCUGAAAUGACUUGGAACGUAAUUACAAGUUCUGUAGAUGGAGAUCAAGAAACAUCAAUGGAAUCCCCUGAAAAAGGAGACUGUCUGGAAAGGGAGAGGACAGUGCCAGGCAGAGAGGGGUCUUUGUUUUUACGAAACCUGGACUGUCCAGUGUCAGGCAAGGAUGAAGGGCCAGCAGUGAAGCAGCAGGAACCUCUGUCUUUCUUAGCAGCGUCCUCCAAACUCAAGCAUGUUCCUUCUCGGGCCCAUGACAUCAAUGCAGACGUGCUAUGCUCUGGAGUGCUGUGCUUACCUGGUACCAGAGAUAAAAGUGGACGUGCAGUAGUGACUGUGACAACAAGACAUACAAUUUGGUUAAACCCAAACUGCAACAGCACUGAACUUGUCCGGAUUCUGGCAUAUUUCUACUCCAUUCUCAGAAAAGAGGUGCGUUCCCUUGGCCUGACUGUGCUGGUGGAUGCUCGUAGAUGCUCACCUGUACCUGCACUCUUCAAGGCCUUUAACGUCCUACAGGAAGCAGUUCCCAACUGUAUUCACACUGUACUGCUGCUGGCUGAUAGAGACCUCACCUUUCGUAUGGAGAAACCCUCUGCUAUGCAGUUUGAACUCCUCACUUCACUCAAGUCUCUUCACAAGCAUAUCGACAGCACACAGCUGCCACAGGAGUUUGACGGCAGCUUUCCUUUCUGCCAUAGCAACUGGGUCAGCUUCCGAAAAAGAGUGGAGCAAUUGGCUCAGAACUGCAGGGAUGCAGCUUGCUUCCUGCAAGGGACCAUUGCAAGCCUGCAGUCCAGCUCACUGCCCACCGUGGCAGAGGAGGCACCAGCCCUGCUUGACAGGUACCGCAGCCUGAUGAGGUCAGUGCUGGAGGACUGCCGGCUGGUGCGGCUACAGCUGGAGGGCGGGGCGACACUGUCGCGGCUGAGGAAGGAGGAGUCCAGCGUCAGUCUGACUGAGGAUUACAGAAAUGCCAUUGAGACUGUGAUUGGUCUCUAUAACAAAGUGGAUGAGCUGGUGCACCAGCUUGUCAUGCUUUCCAACAAGCGCACUCAGGAGCUGGAGUUCAUCAUGGAGUUCCGGAUGCUGGAGAAGGGCUUCGAUGAGGUGAGAGGCUGGAUUGAGGAGGUGGGAGAGAGCCGCUUGAACAUGCUAAGUGAACUGGAAGACUCUCUGGAACAGCUACGCAAAAAACAGACCCUCUUCAGGGACUUCUACACAGCUGCAUAUGAGCACUGUAAGAGUGGAGAGGCCCUGCUAAAGAGGCUGGAGCGCUGGGAGGACAUGUCCUCUGCAGAGCUGCAGAUCUACGGUGACAAGGUCCAUUCUUUCUGGGAGCGGCUGAAGGACUUCUCCGUGAGAGUGGAAGACACGAAGGAGAAGAUCGACAAGACUGUGAAGCUGUAUGAGUUCUUUGACAAGGCGUACGAGUGGGCACUGGAGGGCAUGCGCCACCUCGCGUGCAUCACCAUGGAAGACUGCAGCAUGCCGGAGAAGUGCAGCACAGUCAUCAAGUGUCUAGAGAGCUAUACCCUGCAUCACCCCGAGAUUCCCGAGGCCAAAUUUCAGGAGAUGAAGGACCUGGCUGGAGAAUUAAAGAAUGACAAAGGGCUGAAACAGUGGAAAUUUGCUUGGUCAAAGUGCCAGGAAACUACACAGAUGUUUGAGAAGAAGUUGGAAGCAGCCUUGAGGACCCGGCGGUCUCUGCCCUCCGAGCAAGGCAGCAUGAAGAGUUGCGGCGAGACCGGAAGCAGGCGGUACUCAGAGAGCUCUGAUCAGAAGCUGCAGCAUGAACGCAGCAACAGCAUCUCCUUCUGCAGCAGGAGGGUCUUCUCUGGCGGCUGGCCAAGAGACAGACCCACUAUCCCCUCUACAGGGAGUCCCUGUGGACCGGCAAGGGCUGCUCCAGAGGCCGGACCAGCAGACUAUGGUGUCACAAAGACCCCCGCCCUGAACCUGUUUGGCUCUGAGCUGAAGGGUGCCAGUUGGGUUUCCAGCACCCCUACACACACCAACAGGUUGAACCGCAGUGCUUCUUCCGAGGAGUCCUCUCAGGAGCUGCAGCCGGAGCUGCAUCCCCGAGCCGCCUCCUGCUCCACCAGCCCCGGGCAGCCCCUGCUGGAAAAGGGCAGGCGCGUGCUCAGGAAAACCCAGAGCUUUGACAUCCCCUGCAGCGAGGGGACCCGCUACGGCACCUGCCAGAGGACACUGAGCGAGCCCGCGCGGCGCGGCAACACCGGCGUCUUCAUCAAGGGGCUGGAGGUGAGCAGCACGGAGAUCACAGACCGCUCCUGCGGGCCGCGCUCUCCGGGCCACAGCUGGACUGCAGCCCCCCAGGGGCAGGGGCAGGGCCAGGGCCAGAGGAGCAGCACCCCCCUCCCUGAAGUCCGGGCCAAGGGCAGCAAGCUGAGGCACAUUGUGGAUGAGAUGGUCACCACCGAGCGCGAGUACGUGCGCUCGCUGCGCUACGUCAUCGAUCACUACUUCCCGGAGAUGGAGCGCCAGGACCUGCCCCAGGACCUGCGUGGGAAGCGGAGCGUGAUCUUUGGGAACCUGGAGAAGCUGGUGGACUUCCACAGCCAGUACUUCCUGAAGGAGCUGGAGAGCUGCUGCAACCACCCUCUCCGCGUCAGCCACUGCUUCCUCAGACACCAAGACCAGUUUGGGAUGUAUGCCUUGUACAGCAAGAACAAACCAAAAUCGGACGCUUUGCUGGCUAGUCAUGGCAACACGUUCUUCAGGAAUAAACAGCUGCAGCUAGAGGACAAGAUGGACCUGGCGUCGUACCUGCUGAAGCCCAUCCAGCGUAUGAGUAAAUACGCGCUGCUGCUGAAAGACCUGAUCAAGGAGUGCAGCGAGGCACAGGACCAGGAGCUGGUGUACCUGAGGGCUGCAGCCGAGAUGGUCAAGUUCCAGCUGCGCCAUGGCAAUGACCUGCUGGCCAUGGAUGCCAUCCGAGACUGCGAUGUAAAUCUGAAGGAGCAAGGCCAGCUUGUGCGGCAGGAUGAGUUUACUAUCUGGUACGGGCGGAAGAAGUGUCAGAGACAUGUGUUCUUGUUUGAAGACCUGAUUCUCUUCAGCAAGCCCAAAAGAAUCGAGGGUGGCCUGGAUGUCUUCAUCUACAAACAUUCUUUUAAAACUGCAGAUGUGGGUUUGACGGAGAACUCUGGAGACAGCGGCUUGCGGUUUGAAAUAUGGUUCAGAAGAAGAACUUCUAAGAAUCAAGCCUACAUCUUACAGGCUGCUACAGCACAGAUCAAACAUGUAUGGACCUCUGAUAUCGCCAAAAUCCUCUGGCAGCAAGCCACCAGAAAUAAAGAAAUCAGAAUGCAGGAGAUGGUGUCCAUGGGAGUGGGAAACAAGCCUUAUCUGGAUAUUAAACCCAGUGAAGCUGCCAUUAGUGACAGAGCCAUUGAUUACAUUAUGAAAGGAAGAGGAGCUAGAACACGGGCAUCAAUAGCAGUAUCUUUGUUUGAUCACUCCAACCCUUUCAAGAGGACUCCUCUGCCCUCCUCUGUGAGCAGCCCCCCAUCCGUCUGUGGGUCCUCGUCUUCCUCCCUCCUAGGGCCCCUCAACCUGCAUAUGUACAGCAGUCAGACCCUGCUGCCCGGGGACCGACCCUUCAUCGGCACAUGCAUUGAGGAGGAUGAGCUGGAGCACGAGACCAGCAGCCAGCCAUCCAUGACCACAGAGAGCUCUGGGUCGUCCUCCCACUGCAUGUCGGGCAGCGGCUCCAGUGGCUCAGACAGUGGCUGCGUGUCCAACAUCCUUCCCGAGACCCUGUCCGAGGAGCCAGGCUCCCCCUUCGACCCCUCCUGCAACUCUAGUGUGGCGUCCCCUGCGGAUGACAAACCCCACUUCACCAACAGCCAGUAUAUUUCAGCUAAAACAGGCCAAAUCAUAAGCCCAUCCACAAUAGUAUGAGAGCUGUUGUCCUGUUUUAUUAUGUUUAAUCGCCAGCUGCUUUCAAUUUGAAGACCUGCCUUAUGGAGAGAAAAAAAUCUUUCCCCAUCGUGGCUGCACAUCUCAUCUCAGAUGGACACAGAAAUAGCUGGAAAAUAGCACUGUUAAAAAGCCACUUUUGAGUUGCUUCAUAGCAAUUGUAUGGUUCAGAAACUGAUUUAAAAUAUAUUUUUAAUUUAUCUUACUGUAACUGGUUCAAAUGAGCAUUCUUUACAGUUUUGAAAUCUGUAAAUAAUAGUAACUGUUUACAAUGCAGUUAUGAACUGCUUGCCUGUUGUUGACCACUUGUGUUGCAGGCUGCCAUUUUAAAAGGUGGGAAUGCACUCCAAUUAAAAUGGGUUUAAGUGCUUCAGUGACUAUGGAAGGUAUGGCAGUUUGUCUAGUAAGAAGCAUUUUCAUUACUGUUUUUUAGGUCUUUUAAAUGAUGAUUGCUUUCUUAUGACCUAUGGUCAAACUUUUGUUUUACUGUAAAUAAGUUUAUACUGUGGUAACACAGUAGAAACAGUUUAUCACCUUUCAAAUAUUUAACCCUUACAGCUCAGACUGGAAACUCUGCUCUUGUAUGUCCAGUUAGGCAGGAAGGCAGAGCACAGCUGUCCAACUGCAGCACCAGCUCCAGCAGAGUGACGCACUGUUCUAGUGAGAAAACUGUUGUGUGAAAUGACAAAGGGCUAAUCUUUAAUUAUCAUUUAUUGUUGAUUUUCAGAAAAAUGCAACAUUAAAAAAUUCAGAAAUGUAUUAUUUGUACAUAGAAAUAAGAUAAUUUGCACCAGUGGUGCUUCGUGGGUUAGUGAGUGGGAGAAAAGGGCUGCAGUUUUUUACAUGUAAUUAACAGCAAAGCAGGGAAUCACUGAAGUGCUAUUUUUUAUCAUAAAAUAAAUGUAAUUUCCAUUUAUAGUUGAGCGUGAAUAUUUACGCAAGUGCCAGUUUUGUUAAUCUCAUGAAAUGUUCAGACGUUAAAUAAAGAGGAACUGCUUUGUACCAAA